AUGGGUGAUAAUAAAGAUGAGGCUAAAGAUGCUCAUAAAAUGGGUGAUAAUGACGAUAAGAUUAGAGAUGCGCCUAAAGUGUCCAAAGUGACCAUAGGAACUGAAUCAGUCAAGACAAUCAACUCAGAAACUGGAACAUUACCUCAAGUGAGGAUCGGAUCCCAAUCUCCGCUAAUAUAUCCGGUCGGCGCUAAUGUUCACAUCGAUUGCCCCGCUUAUGACGAUCAGACAGAUCUACUGUUCUUUGAAUGGAGUCGUCCUUUGGAUCACAUUAUUGAAGAAAACUCAAGAAUAAGAACCACUUCUAAAGGAGUGCUUAAAAUAAAGUCUGCCAUCAGUACGGACAGCGGCAUCUACUUCUGUAAAGCCAUCAAUGGGUUUGGAACCGUUACCACUAAUGUCACACUUCAGAUCGUCACCAAUGAAGACUUGCAGUCACUUAACUCCCCAAUGGAUAACCUCUACCCCCGGGAUGACUACCAAUCAUUGAUUGAGUCAAAUAUUAAUUAUAAUUAUAAUGAAAAACCUGUAGUCAGUGAACAAGUGGUGCGAGAGUUACCCACACCGGUAGUCAUUAUAAAGUCUGCGGGACUUUCAGUGAAUAUGAACUGUUCAGCAAAUAGGGUCCGAUGGCUCAAGAAUGGACAUCAUCUCACUCUAAGACAUCUGCCCGAAGGCUCACACAAGAGUGGAGGUCUGUUAACCCUAUCGAAGGUGCGUUUGAUUGAUAGGGGGAACUACACCUGUGUUGAUAACCGAAAGCCAGAGUUAACGGGAUUUCAUCCAAUCAACACAUCUGUUGCAUUGGGAGACAAAGCUAUGUUCCACUGCAAUGUGUCCAGUGACACGAAACCUCACAUCCAGUGGUUAAAGAGAGCAAAGUUCGUGAACUCGGAUGAAGCCAUCAAAAGACGUUUGGUUAAAAUUAAAUCAAAUUUAUAUAAAGUAAUCAAAACGACUCAAGUGAUAGACAACGGCGACGGAAAUUAUUACAAUAAUCUGGUCAUAGAAAAGACACAAUUGAGUGAUUCGGGAGAAUAUAUCUGUUUGGCCGCCAAUACCGUCGGCUCCUUUGAGUUCACCUUUAAGAGCACUCGACUCACUGUAUUGUCGCCACAACUGUCCACUGAUGACAAUACAGAUUACGAGCCCUCCUUCUUAUCAGACUCCAACAUCUUUUGGAUAUUAAUUACUCUCAUACUGUCAGUGGCUAUGAUUUUGGUCGCAAUUCUAUGUUAUUUACAAAAGAGACAACAGAUUGAGGCAAAUGUUAACAGAAAUAUCAAUAACAACAUCGAGAGUGAAGACACAGAAGCGGAGACACAAAAGAGAGAGUUUACUAAUUAUUAUUUCAAACAUAACUCAAAUACGAGCUAUAAUUCAGCCCUUAUUCCCAAUCAAAUGAAUGGCAAUUAUUAUGCAAAUCGAUAAAAGACAUGACUUUUUAAAUGAACAAAACAUUUGUUUUAUACUCUAUAUUGUAUUAUAAAGAAAUCAUAACUCAUUUAAUAUUAUUAUUACCGG